ACCCCUCUUUGAGCUUUCUGGGGUCGUCAUCGAAGCAAUCAUCGCCUCGAGGCUUCCUCUUCGUCUUCUUCAUCCAGUCCGAAAAUAUCUCAAGGGAGUCCUAUAAAGCAAGUGGCCUUUCUUGUGACUCAUAGGAAAAGAAAUGAGCUUUGCGUGCCUCGUGUGCCACAGUGUAGAGAGCCCGUCCCACUCGUUUAGAAGCUACUCUGUUUCUAGCUCAGACAAUGAAGGAAGAUGCUCCGUGAUUGCGAGCUGCCUCUCAAGGACAUCACUCAUUCAAGCUGCUAGAUCCAACACUUUCCCUGCUUCAUCAUCCUCAAAGGUAACCCCACAACCCAAUUUCCAGGAAAGUGACCUGAUGAUAACUGAAGGAGCCUCGCCAAGGUUAGUGCGAAGCCGUGCGGUGAGAAGAGACAUUGUCAGAGACUGGAACUUCAACGAAACCGAGUCUGAGCUUUAAAAAUUUAAAUCUGACUCUUCUCUCUAUAGAUUAGUAUCACCACGAAUGUUCAACCUCAGGAGAUCUUAUAUUCAUCACUUGUCAAGUUUUGUAUUGUGCUUACUGCUUUAUAAACCAAUAAUCUAAUAUUA